AUGUUAAGAGUGAUUGAACCAAGUCACGAAGGUGGGCACCUGACAAACGCAACAUGUUACCAGAAUUUGGAUACUUUAUACCAAGCGGUGGGCGAAACAGAUCAAGCAAAAGACUUCUAUGAGCGUGCACUGGAGAUUCUUCUGAAAAAGCUGGGAGCUGAACAUGUUAAUGUUGUAGCCUCUUACCAUAGUCAGGGAAGUUUACGCAGUGACCUGGGUGAAACAGGUCAGGCAAAAGAGUACUAUAAUUGUGCACUGGAGAUUCGUCUGAAAAAGCUGGGAGCUGAACAUGUGGGUGUUGCAGCCUCUUACGACAAUCUGGGUAGUUUACACAGUGCGCUGGGCGAAAUAGAUCAAGAAAAAGAGUACCACCACCGUGCACUGGAAAUUUAUUUGAAAAAGCUGGGAGCUGAAAAUGUUCAUGUUGCAACCUCUUACAAUAAUCUGAGUAGUUUGCACAUUGCGCUGGGCGAAACAGCUCAAGAAAAGGAGUAA